GCCAUGAGCAUCGGUUGGCACGUGAGUUUUAAUUUUCCGGUUACUUAAUAAUAUUUAUUUCAUAUUUUACAUGAAAAUUUAUAAAUCAUAAUGAUUUAAUAAUUAAGUGAGAUUACGAUGCCAAAUAUUUAAGUCAUUCGACUGCAGAUAAAUAUCUUUAAUUAAGUGUAAAUAUACGUUUAAAAAAAUUCAUACGUUGAUAGGUUAGUUGAUCAAAUACUGGCAUUAUCUUGGCGGGAGAUUACUGCCUAUUAUUUGUUUUUUUAUAUUACUGUGAAACACAGUGUAAUUAAAUGUGUUUGUUAAAUUAACAAACAGUUUAAUAAUUAUUCAAAGUUUUUUACUUUGUUACUCAAUUAUGGAUGUUGAUUUGAAUUUAAUGAUAAAUUUCGUGCCAAUCGUCGCGACUAUUUUAGCACUCACGAUAGCAUUUUUCAUCGUUGUCCAAAGACUAAAGCAAAGAUGGCCAAAAAAACUUAACUGCUGGUUCUGCAACGUCAACUCAAAGAUUUGCAGAACGAAAACAGACUGGUGGAAGUGUCCUAACUGUCAUCAGCACAAUGGGUUCUCAAAAGACGGUGAUUAUAAAUAUGACAUACCCGAGCAACGAAGUAAAUCAUUGAACAAUCCAGCAAAACAUUAUUCAUUGCCAAAUAAAAAUAUAGAAAUAAGAAAAAAUAAUGGAUUAUGCAAGACUUGUAAUGCCAAUGAAGAACUUAAAAUCAAUGAGUUGCGUUCAAUUGAUCCAUUACGAUGGCGAGACUCAGAAAUCACAAGUUUUAAACAGAGUCUUGAUAAAAAGUAUCCGCUUUGCAAAAAAUGCAAUUCGUUUGUCAGAAAAGUUAUAAAUAAACAAGCUCAGUGGCUGACCCAGUAUAAGCUGCUUUUUUUUAAACAAAGAUCAAUGAAAAUUACAGUUAAUCAUAAGACAAAAUUUGAAAAACUUUGUCGAAUUAUUUUAACACUUUUGAGCGCUGGUAUUAUUUAUUAUCCGAGUAAUCAACUAUUAUCAAUAAUUGGAGCAUUAUUUCAACUUGUUACAGUAACAAGAGUUCAUGUUACUAAAAGAAAUUCUGAUUUAUUGUUAACAUUUAUAUGGGUUGGUAUUUGUAUAAUGAUGCCACACAGUGAUACAAGAUUAUUAAAACUUAAGUUUAAAGUUAUGCCGCUUAAUUUUGAGUACAUAACUGUUUAUCAAAUUAUUGCUGUUUUAUCAAGUAUUUUGGGUUUUAUCAAUAUAACUUCAAACAAUUCAUCAACUGGAAAUGUAGAUGUAUCAUUUAAAAAACUAGAAUCACCAAUAGCGAGCAUCGAUACUGUGCACAGAGAAUUAAACCAAGCUGGUUAUUGUGACAAGAAAACUAAUAUUGAUACACCAGUUAGCCGUUCAAAUGGCUAUUGUGAUAAUAAAAAUAAUAUUGAUACACCGAUUAAUCGAUUGCCUGUAAAUACAACGCAUUUAUUGAUGACGGACACAUCUUUUGACUCACCAGAAACAAUAAAAGCUUCAAUGUCACCUUAUUUCAGAAUAUGUGAGAGUCAACGCAACUCAAUACCAAAUGGAUUUAUGCAAAAAACUAUAUCCGACCCGAUAGAUAUCUCACUCAAACGUUCGCCAGAAUAUAAUCAUAAUCAUUUGGAAAAAUACACAAUGAGUGAGAGUUUGAAAACUCUUAGCAAUUUAUCACUAGAUGGAAACCACAAGCAACAUUCUAAAAAUUCUCAAGUUUUUAAGACAAGAACUUACGGCACAUCUAGUCCAGAUUUAUUUCAGCGUAAUUACAAAAAAUCUCAACGUAAAUUCAUUCUAGCACCCCCAAAACUUAAAUCAGUGACCCAAACGUCCUGGGUAGCCGGUGGAUACUGGCAAAUGGGUAUGGAUUCACCAACAUUAUCAAGAUCAUCAAGUCAAAGCUCAGGAUUCGGAUCUACUGGUUCAAAUAUGGGGCCAUCGCGGGAACCAUCUGUCCUCAAUGACGUCGACAGAUGCUCUGUCGUGUCUGACGUAGCGCCGUGUUACAGUGCCCAACGUCAAACCAGUGUCAGUCCCUCUAAUUCAUUUUGCCAACACACACCAACUUAUCGUGUAUCACCUCCAGACUUUGCUGGAUGCAUUGGAACUCCUCAGAGUCCACCGCCUAAUUUAAUAAUAACAACUCCUUAUAAUCAGUCAUUCCGACAAUCACCGUGUCACAAUUAUCACAUCAGCGACCAAUGUAUUAAUAGCAGUAUGAAUUACAGUAUGAUUCAACAGACUCCACAAAUAUCAACGUGUAGUGCUUCUCAUUCUAUGAGCAUUUUAAAUAGCCCUAUUUGGCUACCAGCAUUGCUCUGUGGAUCUAUUGUUUUCAAUAUUAUUGUAUUUUGUACCGUAAUGUUACGCUAAUUUUAUUUUUAAUUAUCAAUUAUAACAUACAAGAUCUAGUACCCGAUUAGGAAACUAGUACUCUAUUACUCUAUGUAUUUGUCCAUUUAAAUUCAGUAAAUAUAGACGAACAUGAAUGAUCAGGUACUAGUUCCGCCAUCGGGUACUAGGUCUUUUAUCUUAGAUUUGAAUAUAGAACGAUAUUUAUUUUUUUCAUUGCAAGGUAAAAGAUCUAGUACUCGGUCACUCCAUUAUUUGUAUAUUUAUAUUUAGUAAAUAAAUAUAUAAAAAUAUAUAGAGUGAUCGGUUACUAGUUCUCUGGUCAGGUACUGGGUCUUAGCCUAUCGUAUUGUUUUCUCAUGAUAAUACUUACUGCCUAAUCAAUUUAACUCAAUCACUGCCAAGUAAAUCAAUAAUUAAUAGAUAUUUGAUUAGUACAUCAGAGAAAAAAUGAUAUAAUCUAUCAGAGUUAAGUUACUUUUAAAACAGUUUAUAAAUAUCAAUAUUUAAAAAAGCGUGUAAAAGUAUCCCGAACAAUAUAUACAUAAAAUGCGUACAACGCACUACACUCCGAAACUUGUGAUAAAAUAUUCAUGUGUGUUCACUAGGAUACGUUAUUAAAUAUAAAUCACUCCAUGGUAUAGUAUAUUUAAUAUACAUAAUAACUAUUCAUUAUUGAUCAUAUUGUUUUUUUUUGUUUAUAUUUUGUUAAUUAUUCAAAUAAUUUUUUAUUAUUUAACAAUGUUUAUUAAAAUUAUGUUUGUAAUUAUAAAUGUAUAUAUUUAGUAAACUAUAAACGUAUGAUCAGUAAUGGAUAAUUAAACUGAUACUGAUGGAGACUUUUACCUCUGUAAUAAACAAUUAUGAUAUGGGUACUGGGUAGAAAUCCAUUAGAAUCAUGAUCAUGAUUGUUUUUAUUUUGUAAUUAGAAAAUUGAAAAAGAAAUAAUGUUAACGUACAUGGGUAAUUAUAAUAGUUGAUAAUCAAUAUAAAUAGUUGUGUUAAUAAUUAAUUACUAUUGUCUCAAUAACAAUUGAUUAAUGGAAAGUCGUGCCACUAUUGCAUUUAAAACCGGUGGUUUGUUUAUUUAUUUUCAAUAAGCAAUAAAUAGACAGCUUCCAAAUUAUUAUUUUAAUCUUAAAGUGAAAAAUUAUAUUUGUUUUAAAAAAAUUUUUUUUUGUAUUCAUAUUGUUAUGAAUUAAUUGAAUCGAUCUUUUUUUUUUGUUUUUAAUU